GGGCUCCGAGGGCGCGGGGAUGGGAUCCGAGGCCGCGGGGAUGGGCUCCGAGGCCGCGGAGGUGGGCUCCGAGGGCGCCGGGAUGGGCUCCGAGGCCGCGGGGAUGGGCUCCGAGGUGGCGCGGCUGCUGGACGCGGUGGACUUUGCAGCCAGGAAACACAAGGAGCAGCGGCGGAUGGAUCCGGAGGGCACCCCCUACAUCAACCACCCCAUCGCCGUGGCCCGGAUCCUGGCGCAUGAGGCCGGCGUGACGGACCUGGUGGUGCUGCAGGCCGCCCUGCUGCACGACACGGUGGAGGACACGGCCACCACGCCGGCGGAGCUGGAGGAGCGGUUCGGCGCGGCGGUGCGGCAAGUGGUGGAGGAGGUGACGGACGACAAGCGGCUGCCCAAGGCGGAGCGCAAGCGGCUGCAGAUCGAGCGCGCUCCCGCCUGCAGCCGCCGCGCCAAGCUGGUCAAGCUGGCCGACAAGCUGCACAACCUGCGCGACCUGAACCGCUGCACCCCGCAAGGGUGGUCGGAGGAGCGCGUGCAGGAGUACUUCCGGUGGGCGGCGCGCGUGGUGUCCGGGCUGCGCGGCACCAGCGCGGCCCUGGAGGGGGCGCUGCAGCGCCUGUUCGAGGAGCGCGGCGUGCCCACGUGACCGCCCCUCCGCCAAUAAACGCGCGCACAGCU